UGAGUUCUACACUGGUUGGUUGGUUGGUUACCCGAGAUAAACAACAACGCACUACCACACGUGUUGUUCCCUAGGAUGAGAUCACAAUUUCAUAGCGGGGUCGGGAUUUAUUUAUUUUAUCCCAUGGAUUUGUGAGUUAGGGAGACAUCAUGAGCUGGUGUCUCUGCCAAAUCUGCAGCGGCUGUGGAAGGCACCACUGCGAGAACACAGAGCGACCAAAGCCACCUGUCAUUCUGCUCCAAGACAACCAGGGAAAAGUUAGGCUCUGCUCGCCUUCUGUUCAACCCAGUAGAAACCACAGAAAUGAAGUCCAGCCCACAGACGAGCCCAGGGUUAGGUACACUCGAAGAUCAGUCUACGGGAACCAGAGAGCCCACACACCAUUCGAGACAGACGAACGGCCUCCUCUGAAGGCAGGAAUGGCGUCUCACUCGGUGUACACAGAAGACUUCCAGGCGUGGGACAGUCCUGCGAGGGUCCACCCUUUCCGCCCACGUGACAACCUCAGAGUCAACAGAGCGCUAUUCGCCACAGCCACGACCAGCAGGGACAGCUUCUGCCCCCCCGGCCCCCCGGUGUCGACGAGGGAGGUCUGCAGACCCGCCCCGCCGCCACGGGAAGCCCCGCCCUUCGACGGCACCGCCGACCACAGCUCCCAGUACCGCCCCCCCGCGGUCCGGCCCCGGAGGCCCCCGGCCCGGCUCCAGCCCCAGACCCGGGAGUACCGGGCCCCCGUGGGGGACAUGGCCCCCCUCCUCUCCACCACCCGGGCCCACUUUGGGGAGCACCGCGGGCUCCAGCGGCCCCCGGGGGCGCGGCCCGCCAGGGAGGCCUCCGUGAGGUCCUCGGUGAGGUCCACCAUGAAGGAGGACUUCAGGGCCUGGACCACGGUGCGCCGCCUCCCCGUGGCCCCGCCCCCACAGGAGCUGGAGUGGCCCCGGGGCCCCUUCGCCCGGACCACCACGGCGCGCGCCUCGUACACGCCCAAGGCCGCCCAGCGCUCGCUGAGCUGUAAGCCCCGCCCCCGGCCCCUGAACACCGGGCCCCCCAUGGAGAAGGCCUCCGUCUACAGGGCCAGCUUCACGGCCCCACGGGGCCCCCCUUAGCCCCCCGUGAGGGACGGUGCACCCCCCAGGGGUCACGGUGGGGUCAUGGACGUCAGGCUCAGGGACCGCCGCUCUGCUGAUGCAAUAAGUAAUGAACCAGCUUAGGGGGUCACUGCAGCUGCUGACCUUUGACCCCGUGUUUAUACCUCCGCACACGACGGGGUGCAAAGGUCAAAUAAAAUGAUGUUUCAACUGCACUGUAUUGUAGAAGAAAGAAAGUAGUUGGUAAUAUAGACCACACUAAUGAACAUUGUCAUGUGUUAUUCAAAUAUUAUUAACACCAAACUAUUCAACUAUUGUAUUUAAGCUGACAUUAAGAAUUAUUCUUAAAAUGCACAUAUUGUCACAACUUGCACUAACUGUUUAAAUAAGUUCGAAGAACGUAUUUAAAUAAUAUUUUAUUAAACCAGACACUGCCAAAAUGAUACAUCUGAUGUUUGACGUUUAUUGCUAUAAAAGAAAUUGACUUUUCAGCGACCAAGAAAUUGGAUGCUUUCUCAACAAAGGCAGCCUUGUACCUUAUAUAUAUACGCACAACAUGUACGACUGGGAAAACAUUUG